UCCGCCCCGAUGUCGGGUCCCCGCAGCGCCUUGCAGGCCUGGUGCCGCCGCCAAUGCGAGGGCUACCCUGGCGUGGAGAUCCGAGACCUCAGCAGCUCCUUCCGGGACGGCCUGGCCUUUUGCGCCAUCCUCCAUAGGAACCGGCCUGAUUUGCUGGACUUUAACUCACUUUCCAAGGAUAAUGUAUAUGAGAACAACCGCCUGGCAUUUGAGGUGGCUGAGCAGGAGCUGGGGAUCCCUGCCCUGCUGGAUCCCAGGGACAUGGUCUCCAUGAAAGUCCCCGACUGCCUUAGCAUCAUGACCUACGUGUCUCAGUAUUACAACCAUUUUAACAACCCCGGCCAAGCCAGAGUCCCCCCGCCUAUGAAGCGUUCUGUGGUUGCUUCCUCAUCCACAUUGCCAGCUAACAGGCCUGUGGUUGCACCCGAGACCACAUCAGCACCCCAGAAUGAUGUUGCUGAAGACUCGUCAGAGCAGCCCCAGCAAACCACCCUAAGCAGCACGUGCUCAGCUUGCCAACAACAUGUCCACCUGGUCCAGCGCUAUCUGGUUGAGGGCAAACUGUACCACCGUCAGUGUUUCAGGUGUAAAGAAUGCUCCAGCACGCUCCUCCCUGGAUCUUACAAGCCUGGGCCUGAAUGGGGCACAUUUGUGUGUACCCAGCAUCGUGGCAAACUGGGCCUCAGCGGGAGGACAGAGCGUAGGCCCAGCCCAGAUCUUCCGUGUGUGGGGAAAAGCAGCGAGGCUCGGAUGGUGAACACUGGUGAGGAGCAAGUGAGUGGCGUUCCACAGCCAUCAGCCACGGAAGAGGCGGGAAAAGCAGGGGGAAGAAGUGUCGAUGGAGCAGAGGUCGAGGCGCCUCUUGGCCAGCCAAAGAAUGAAGCCCUCAGCUCUGCGCCUUGCUCCCCGAUCCCGCCGAAGCCUCCUGUGCCAGCGAAACCACUUAUGACCAGCCAGGGAAAAGUGAGCCUGCAGCAUGGACAACUCAAGGAGACUCGACCAACCCCUGCCCCCAGGAAGAGCACUGACACAGCAGCCUUGUCACCACCCAACUCCCAUCCUGUCCCAAAGCCCAGAGUCAACGUGCAGAAUGAGGGCUCCAGUGAGCCAGGAUCUGGCCUAGUCAAUGGUCGGACUACAGAAGUCUGUCCUCCAGUUCCAAAGCCCAGAGGUAGACCCACAUCUUCGGACCGAGCCGGAGAAGGGCCAAGGUCAAGAGAUCCUCCCUGGAUUGCCUUGGUCCAGGCGGAAGCCAAGAAAAAGCCUGCUCCUCCUCCCCCACCGGGCAGUAGCAAGGAGACCCCACCAAGGGCUCUGGAAGAGGAGGCAGAUGGAGAAGAGGAGGAAGGGAAGGCAAGAGGCAGAGAGGGCAGGCCCGCUCCCAAGGAGCCCAAACCUUACAACCCCUUUGAGGAUGAAGAGGGGGAGGAGGUUGAAGAGGAGGAGGAGGGAUCCGCCACGCCCCAGAAGCAAGAGCAGAGUGCGAGUGAGGCCACUUCCAAGGCUGCUCACCCUUGGUAUGGCAUCACCCCCACCAGCAGCCCCAAGACAAAGAAGCGGCCAGCUCCAAGGGCCCCCAGUGCCUCUCCGCUGGCUCCGCACCCCAUCUCUAGGCUCUCCCGCUCAGAGCCAUCUUCCUCCAGCCCAUCUCCUGCUCUGAGCCUGGAGAGCAUCACAUCCGAGUGUUCGGCCAAGGCUGCUGUCACCCUGGACGAGACCUCGGUGCCCAAGAGCUCCUCUGAGCCGACGGUCCAUGCCCCAGCAGCAUGCGUGGUCUCCUGCACGGACCCCUCGCUUGUCAACGUGUCCUCCCGUGAGAGCCCCACAGCUCUCCCCAGCUGCUCCACUAACUCCUCCUUUUCCUCGUCCAGCGAUUUGACUGGCUAUGGCAAUGAGGUGCCUGGGGGAAUAGCACAGACUAUACGAAGCCGCUCGGUUGGGAACCUGGAAGCCAGCCCGGGGCGGCUAUCUCCCAAGCCUCCUGCUAAUGCCAUUCCCACACCCAUCCUCUUGGCAUCAGAGCUGGGCAGCGGGACUGCCAGGAACUCUCCAUCCCCCAAGGCACAGCCAAAGUCAUCCUGCAAAGAGAAUCCCUUCAACCGGAAGCCAUCACCUGUCACCUCCCCAUCGAUUAAGAAAACCCCAAAGGGACCCAAGCCAGCAAGGCCUCCUGCUCCAGGCCAUGGCUUUCCACUCAUCAAACGGAAGGUUCAGUCGGACCAAUAUGUCCCAGUUGAGGAUAUUUACGGCGAGAUGGACAGCAUUGAACAGCAGCUGGAUGAGUUGGAGCACCAAGGAGUAGAGCUGGAGAGAAAACUCCGCAGCAUGGAGAACGCAGAUGCUCCUGAAGAUGGUCUGCUGGUCGACUGGUUUAAGCUCAUCCAUGAGAAGCACAUGCUGGUACGCCGGGAGUCUGAACUCAUCUACAUUUUUAAGCAGCAGAAUUUGGAGCAGCAUCAGGCCGACGUAGAGUAUGAACUGCGAUGCCUUCUCAAUAAACCUGAGAAAGACUGGACGGAUGAGGACCGAGUGAGAGAGAAGGUGCUGAUGCAAGAACUAGUGACCAUUAUUGAACAACGGAACGCCAUCAUCAACUGCUUGGACGAGGACCGGCAAAGGGAGGAAGAGGAGGAUAAAAUGUUGGAAGCCAUGAUUAAAAAGAAAGAAUUCCACAAGGAGGCAGAGGCUGACAGCAAGAAGAAAGGGAAAUUCAAGCCCAUGAAGGUACUGAAGCUGCUUGGGAACAAACACGAGUCAAAGAGCAAGUCACCCAAGGAGAAAAGCUAGAGCAGGUGGCAGCCAGCGGGGAGGAGGAAUGUUGGGCGCUUGGACUGCAUCUCUCCUCUUGGGCUGGGCACCGAGCAAAAAGGACUUCUGCCUCCCGCUUUCUUGGUUUUUUUAAAAGCGGCUGUGCCUCACCAUACACCAAAACUGGCUUCCCCCAGAGGAAUUCAGACAUCUUCCAGCAACAGACAUUCCUUUGCCCAGUAAAGGAGGCAGCACGGCAAGCCGGAUCAGCACUGAAAAUUCCCAAGGGACAGACUGGAGGAGAAAGCGACUUGUCCCUUCGGCUUCAGGGGUGGGUGGGGGAAGUGAAAUAGCUUUAGACUUCCUCAGUUGUGUGUGUGUGUUCUUAUUAAUGGGUCUGAACAGUACAAAAUGUGGGUGUCUGUGGGAAACUUGCACUAAUUGCGCCCCCCCCUUUAACUGUGAUAGUCACAUGUGCCUCAUACCCUUCUCCUUUUGGGGAGGGGGAGACUUUCCAUAGUAGGCUGGGGGCCUCUCCUCCCCCCACUCUUAACUCCCUUUUCUCUUUACCUGCUGGUCAAAAAAUUGACUUUGGUCAUUUGAAAAGACAUUUGGGGCUUUGAGAGCAGAAUUUAUUUAUUUUGUUGGCUUAUACUGUUAAAACUAGAGAGGACACAGAAAAUGCUUCCAUGUUAUGAGAGCCUAUAGACAAAGGGGAAACACACCCAAACAGUGCCCUGUUUCUAGAAGCAUUUCCCUUCAAAGAUGUCCUGAGGAUGUUGGGCAUCUUAGACAGCCAUCGAACAAAGGACACUGGCCUCUUGGAAAUUGUUUAACAAGCACAGGGAAGAUGAAGGGCAUGUAUUUUUGUGCAGGUCCAAAAAGAACACUCCAUUGGCCUUUUAGCCCUCGCUUACUGCUGCUAAUUUCACCUACAUUGCUCCUCAGGGGACAUAGAGGGCUAGGAAAGGGUCAGACCUUCCUUGCCCAUUGCUAGAGUACAGGAAGCUGCCAAGUGGCCCUUAAUGCCAACAAGGUUUCCUGUUUUGCCUUCCUCACCAGUGCCACCCUUAUGUGGGAAAGUUCUCAGCUCUUCUAGCCUAGUCUGUGUUGUAUAUAUAUAUAUAUAAUUUCCCCCCCGUAAGAGGGCUCUUUCUAGAGUUUUCUCUUAGCUGAAUUUCAAGCCCACCCCCAAUUCCAGCUUUAUUUGUCUUGUGUGUGUGCAUGUUUGUGUGUGUGUUGAGGGGGGAGAUGCAUCUUCCUUUCUGCCUUCUCUGAAUUGAGGAGCUAUUUAUUGAGAUGUUUGUUUGGUCUGAGUUAAACACUGAUAGUAUUGUAGGUGUUGGUUAGUCAGCUGUUAGUCUUGAGUUCUCGUUAGCAGAGUAGACUACCAGCCCAGAGCAAAUUGCUGUCUUAUCCAAAUAUGAUGGAAUCUUUGACCAGUCCUUGGCUAUGAUGCUCAGCCUAGACCAGGAGGGGACCUUAAUUCAUCAGAGUUGCCAGCCCUAGUCGGGUCUAUGUUCUCAGCCUCUCCAAGUGGAUGGCAGAUGCCAUGGGAUGUUCUCCAUAGCAAGGCCACUCCUGGGUUAGAUCCCAACGCGCAACUUCCCCUCUAUGAAACAAAGCAAGCUGAUGUUACAAAAGGCCAUGCUCCAGUCUGAAAUGCACUGGCCCAAGUGGACAUUAUUACAUUACAGUAUAUUAACUGCAAUCUCCACUGACAUGCAGGGAACAAAAAUUAAACAAAACCAUUGUAUUUAG